UAGAUCAUGCACUUGCAGCACAUGAGGUAUUAAUUAAUCUCCCCUUAAUUAAUUUAUUUUUUAUAGGAUGAACUUCCACUUAAUUAAGCAACGUUAACAUGCUCACAUCUCAUAACUCUCACAAACACAAGCACAAACUCACACUAAGCAAACUAAGACCAAAUUGAGAUGAACAUGUUGUUCUUAAUCAUGUUUUAUUUCAUAUUAAUUCUAUUUCUAUGUCUUUUUCUUCUCAUCUCAAUUAUAACACUCUCAACAUUCAUAGGACAAUCCAUAGGAAACCCAAAAUACCCACCAGUAAAAGGUACAGUCUUCCACCAACUCAUAAAUUUCAAAACACUCUUCCAUUACUUCACAAAAAUAGCUCAAACUAGUCCAACUUUUAGGCUUCUUGCCCCUAAGAAAUCCAAGAUUUACACAUGUGACACAAAAAAUGUUGAACACAUACUCAAAACCCAAUUCCAUAAAUACUCCAAAGGAAAGUUUAACCAUGAUACUAUAUUUGAUCUUUUGGGUGAUGGGAUUUUUGCUGUUGAUGGUGCUAAAUGGAGGCACCAAAGGAAGCUUUCUAGUUUGGAGUUUUCUACAAGAGUUCUUAGAGAUUUUAGCUGCAAUGUUUUCAGAAGGAAUGCUGUUAAGUUAGUUAGAGUUGUCUUGGGGUUUUCAAAUGCUGGAUUGGCCUUUGAUAUUCAAGAUAUAGUAAUGAAAUGCACUUUGGACUCCAUAUUCAAAGUUGGGUUUGGAGUGGAAUUGAAUUGCUUAGAGAAAUCAAGCAAAGAAGCGAAUAUCUUCAUGAAGGCCUUUAAUGAUUCAAAUGCUUUUGUAUUCAAACGCUAUUUGGACCCCUUGUGGAAGUUGAAAAGGGUUCUUAACUUUGGAUCAGAAGCUGCCCUAAAGAAGAAUAUCAAAAUAAUUGAUGAUUUUGUUCAUAGUCUGAUUAAGACCAGAAGGGAACUUUUAUCAAUGCAAAAGGAUUUUAGUGAUAAAGAGGAUAUACUUUCAAGGUUUUUGCUGGAAAGUAAGAAGGACUCCUCAAAUAUGACAGAUAAAUAUUUAAGGGACAUAAUUCUGAACUUUAUGAUUGCUGGAAAAGACACAAGUGCCAAUACUUUGUCAUGGUUCUUCUACAUGCUUUGCAAGAACCCUCUUAUACAAGAAAAAGUGGCACAAGAAGUGAUAAAUGUUACUUCUACAAGCCAAGAAAGCAACCUCAAUUUAGAUGAAUUUGUGUCCAAUAUUUCAGAUGCUACACUUGACAAAAUGCAUUAUCUCCAUGCAGCACUAACAGAGACAUUAAGGCUAUAUCCUGCUGUACCAAUGUCUGGUAGGACAGCAGAAGAACAUGACAUCCUUCCUGAUGGAUACAUAGUGAAUAAGGGGGAGACAGUUUACUACUUGUCCUAUGCUAUGGGAAGAAUGCCUUACAUUUGGGGGGAUGAUGCUCAAGAAUUCUUACCUGAAAGAUGGCUCAAGGAUGGAAUCUUUCAACCUGAAUCUUCAUUCAAAUUCAUAUCUUUUCAUGCUGGUCCACGUAUAUGCUUAGGAAAGGACUUUGCUUAUAGGCAAAUGAAAAUAGUGUCAAUGGCACUUGUUCGAUUCUUUAGGUUUAAAUUGGAAAAUGAAACAAAUGAUGUGACAUAUAGAACCAUGUUCACUCUUCACAUUGACCAUGGCCUUCCUCUCUAUGCAACUCCAAGGUGUGAUGUAGCUGAAUAAACUUUACGUAUUUGGAAAUGCUUUGAAUUCCUGAAAUUUAUCUUGCGUGUGGUUGACAAUUUGCUUCUUAAUUGAAGCUGAUGUAACAUUAUGAGUUAGAUAUUUUUAAGAUUGAAUGAGACGUUAUUUAUUAUUUUAUUUUUUUAA